CCGGAUGUUUCGCGCCGCCCCCGCCGCCAUUUUCGGCCGCAGCGACCGCGCUCCGCUCCGCGAUGUCGGCGCCCUCGGCCCCCGCCGCCCCUCCCCCCGCCGCGGCCGAAGGGGGGGGACCCCCGGCCCCUCCCCCCAACCUGACCAGCAACCGGCGGCUGCAGCAGACCCAGGCCCAGGUGGAUGAGGUGGUGGACAUCAUGCGGGUGAACGUGGACAAGGUGCUGGAGCGGGACCAGAAGCUCUCCGAGCUGGACGACCGGGCCGACGCGCUCCAGGCCGGCGCCUCCCAGUUCGAGACCAGCGCGGCCAAGCUCAAGCGCAAGUACUGGUGGAAGAACCUCAAGAUGAUGAUCAUCCUGGGCGUGAUCUGCGCCAUCGUCCUCAUCAUCAUCAUCGUCUAUUUCAGCACCUAACGCCGCCGGCCCCGCCCUGCCAAGCCCCGCCCCCAGGACCCCCUCAAACCCCGCCCCCAACGCCGCCAGGGGGGCGUGGCCACGCCCAGGCCCCUCCCCCACCCCCUUUAACCCCUCCCCCACCCCCCAAAGAUGGGAUUUUCCCGCCAAAAUCCCCCCCACCCCAAGCCCCGCCCCCCCUCAAACACCCCAAAAUCUGAUUGGCUGGUGGGGGAGGGGCCACACCCCCAAAAUUUGGAGGGAAUUUUGGGGGUUCCCGAGGCCCCUCCCCCACCCCCGAAUUUUGGGGGUCCCCUCCCCCACCCCAGGUGAGCACAAGGGACCCCCCCCAAAAUUUUUUUUGGGGCGAUUUUGGGGGGUCCCAAAAACAUUCCAGCCCCUCCCCCACCCCGUUUUUCCCCCCCUCCCCCCAUCCCAAAAUUUGGGGUGCCCCAAAAUUUGCCCCUCCCCCAAUUUCCCAUCGCCCCCAAACCCUUCACUGCCGAAAAUGGGGGGGGGGAACCCCAAAAAUUGGGGGGGGGUCCCAAAAUGGGAGAGCCGAAAAAAAUUUGGGGGGGGGGACCUGAAAUUUGGGGGGGGGGUCCCAAAAAUUUGGGGGGAACCCAAAAGUUUGGGGAGACCCCAAAAAAUGAGGGGAGAUCCCCAAAAAAUGGGAGGAGUCUGAAAUUGGGGGAGCCCAAAAUUUGGGGGAGGGGGGUUCCCGAAAUUUGGGGAGACCCCAAAAAAAUGGGAGGAGCCCCCAAAAAAAAAUGGGAGGAGGCUGAAAAUGGGGGAGCCCCAAAAUUUGGGGGGGUCCUGAAAUUGGGGGGUCCCAAAAAUUUGGGGAGACCCCAAAAAUGGGAGGAGGCUGAAAUUGGGGGGGGGGUCCCAAAAUUUGGGGGAACCCUAAAAAAUGGAGGAGCCCAAAAAUGGGGGGGGACCCCCAAAAUUUUUGGGGAGAGCCCAAAAAAUUGGGGGGAACCCAAAAUUUUGGAGAUUCCAAAAUUUGGGGAACCCCAGAAAUGCGAAAGCCCAAAAAUUGGGGGGGUGACCCCAAAAUGGAAGAGCCCAAAAAAUGGCGGGGGGAGAUCCCCAAAAAUGGGAGAGUCCAAAAAUGGAGGGGGAACCCAAAAAAGAGGAAGAUCCCAAAAUUUUGGGGGGCGGGGGAGCCCUAAAAUUUGGAGGGACCCCAAAAAUGGGAGAGUCCAAAAUUGGGGGAGGUACCCCAAAAUUAGGGGGGACCCCAAAAAUGAGGGGAGGACCCCAAAAAUGGGAGAGCCCCAAAAUUUUGGGCUGGAAAUGCCAAAAUUUGGGGGUGGGGACCCCAAAACUGAAGGGG